UUAAAGAAAUAAUUUGAUUAAAUAUCUUGCAAACAGUAGAGUUUUAUGUUCAAAGAUAUUUUUAACCAAUCAAGAUUCUCCAGAGUCAGCUCAAGAUGAAAGAUGUCAAAAUAUUGGAAGUGAAAAACAACAAAGGAAAGGAUUCGAUAAUUUAGUUAUUGGAAAUAUAUAGAAAUAGAGUCAUGGAAGAAGUUGCUGUCGAAGAAGCUGAUAAGCCAGUUGAAAACUUAAAACAAACAAAUGGAAAAGCAACUGAUAAUGACGAAUCUGGUUUUGGUGAGGAUAUAUCAGCAUGUAGCAUUGAGGACAAAACAUUUAAUGAUAAGAUGGACACAUAUGAAGAGACUGGAAACCAUACUGAUUUGGAACAGUGUAGUGCCUAUAAUAAGAUGCUAGAGGGAGUAGAAAUAUCUCAGGGAGAUAAUCAUUUCAUGAUGAGUGGUUUGAAAAAAGAUGACAGUGGUAUAUAUUCUGAGAAAUCGCCAAGCACUACACAAACCAAAGAAAUCAGUGAUGGGGAAUGGAGUGAAAGUGUAAGUGAAAGCUUUGAGGACACAAAUGUUGAAAUAAAAGGAGAGGGGAGUAUGCACAUUGAUAUUGACAAGCCAAAUAAAAUCUCUGAAAAGACUGGUAAUAAAAACAUGAAGAAUAAUGAUGAUGUCAUGUGUGUUGAAGGUAUUAAUAGUAAAACUGAAGAUAUCGAAAUAGAAGACAUGGAAGAUGAAAUGCUAGAAAACAUGAAAUGUUUAGAGAAUGGAAAAGACAAUGUUAAUGCCAUUAAUAACAAAGAAAGGCAAGACAUCAAAGUAAAUUGUGAUAAAUUAGAUACAUUAAAGGUUUCAAAUGAGACAGACGAGUCAGAAUCAAAAUCAAGUGGGCAGCAAAUUGAUACAGAUAAAUGUGAUAAUAAUGGAAUGUCAAAUGAUGAUGAAGAUUUUGCUGAUUUUGUAAAGAAAACUGUCAAGUCACGUUCUCAUGUUAGGAAACUGGUUGAUUAUGACACUGAUGAUUCUGAUAAAGAAAGUGGAAGUGAUUCUCAUGUGGUCAUCAAAGGCAAUAGACGUUACCGGAAACGAAAACCUGAAACAGAUAGUGAAGAUGACAAUGAUAUUGCAAAUACAAAUGACAGUAAAAGCAAAGGUAACACCUCAAGUGAGCCUAAUGAUGGUACACCAGUAUUAUUAAGACAUUCAGUGUUAAAUGAUGAAAGCGAACAAAAUAAUGCGGAAAUUUCAGACUCAAUUACUGAUUCUAGUGAUGACAGUCUUCAUUCUCCAAGAGCAAGACAAGAAUCGUCAUCUGAAAAUGAGGCAGAUGACACACCACCAUUAAGUGAGUUUGGUCCUCCUAAACAAAAAUGGAAAGCCCUAUAUGAUCUGAGAAAUCGUGAGUUUGGAAACUCCAAUCUUAAGGAUCCUGGUCAUUUUCGGAAACAGGUUCAAGGCAGUUUGCAAAUGGUGAAAAGGUUUGAACUUCAAUUCAAAAUGGAAGAGCAUGAAGGCUGUGUGAACGCUUUACACUUUAACAGCAGUGGCACCUUACUAGCUAGUGGCUCUGAUGAUUUAAACAUUGUGAUAUGGAACUGGAUUCGCAAUCGUCAUGAUCUUGUAUAUGAUAGUGGUCAUCGCAGUAAUGUAUUUCAGGCAAAGUUUAUGCCAUUCAGUGGGGAUUGUCAUGUGGUCAGCUGUGCUAGAGAUGGUCAAGUACGGCUGGCUGAUCUGUCAUCCACAGGGGUCUGUAAAGGAACAAAGAAAGUUGCUCAGCACAAGGGUGCUGCUCACAAGCUUGCCUUGGAAAUGGAUUCUCCCCAUGUAGUUCUCAGUGCUGGAGAAGAUGCAGUUACCUAUGAGAUUGACCUGAGGGUAGAUAAACCAAACAAGUUGGUUACAACAAAAGAGAAUGACAAGAAAGUGUCCAUCUAUUCAAUUCAUUCCAAUCCUAUCAAUUCCAACGAGUUCUGUUUGGGUGGUAGAGAUCACUUUGUACGAGUGUAUGAUAAAAGAAAAAUCAAUGAGGAUGUAAACAGCGGCCUGUUGAAGAAGUUUGCACCACACCAUAUUUUGGGUGCAGGAAAUGAUAAUAUUAAGGCAAACGUCACAUGUGCAUGCUACAAUUAUAAUGGUUCAGAGAUACUGGGUACCUACAAUGAUGAAGAUAUUUACCUGUUUAAUAACCAAGAAGGGGACACGGCUAAAUAUUUACACAGAUACCGAGGUCACAGAAAUAACCAGACCGUGAAAGGCGUCAACUUCUACGGCCCGGAGAGCGAGUUUAUAGUCAGUGGGAGCGACUGCGGACAUAUUUUCCUGUGGGAUAAGGCCACAGAGAAUAUUGUACAGUUUAUGGAAGGAGAUGAGGGCGGAGUUAUAAAUGUUUUGGAACCACACCCGUAUGCUCCGAUUUUAGCAACAAGUGGACUGGAUCAUGAUGUGAAAAUCUGGGCACCUACGGCAGAAAAUCCAACCAAUCUGAAAGGCCUCAAAAAGUUAAUAAAACGUAACUCCAGAGAACGUGAAGAAGAGCGUACAAAUGAUGGAGGAAUGAUUGAUGGUUCUAUGCUGUGGUUUAUUAUGCAUCACUUAAGACGGGGGCGAAGGCAGAGAGCUCGCGAAGCUCGUGCCGCUAGAGGAGAACCAUCUCCCGACGUUGAGACGUCGGACACACUCAGCGACGAAGAUCUAUCGACUGAUGACGAGUCUGAAAGUGAAGGGGAAGGCGAACCACGUGAUGCAAUCUCAUGUAACCCAUCGUAAAAAGUUUACAAUAUUGUGUCAAAAUCAGAGUGCACGUUUAUUUCUCCACUUUACGAUAUAUAUUGAUCUGUAUAAAAUCUUUUGGGGGAAAACCAUCUUUGCAGAUAUGUUGACCACAUGUGUAGCAGUUUUACUGACAUUUUCAAAAGCAAAAAGAUACAAGAGCCAGCGAAUGUUGCACAAUUACGAUCAUUAUGUUUAGUCAGAAAAUUUCAUGUUAAAUGUUCAUAUUGUAUUGCGCUAACUUUGACGUGCUUGCUAAAAAAUAAGCGUCAUCUCAUCAAGGAUUGUAUGAUUAAUAUGUUAUGGGUUGAAUAGUUUAUCGCGAUGAUAAAUCUUGCCUGUUUAAUCUAUCACUAUGUUAUGAUUUUGGUUCUGGGUAAAAAUUUGAUUCAUCAUCUGACUUAAUAGCUUUCUGCCUAAUUCUUUGAUGGUACAGAAUUAACAUUCAAAUGUUUUUUGUUUGCUAUGUAGUUACAUAAUUGUUUUAUACUUUGACAUAAUAGAAUUGACAUACUUUAAGGUAUAGAGUUAACAUGUUAUUUAACCAAACAUACUUUGUUUUUGUAUAUAUAAAAUAGAUGAUGUAUAUAAUAUUUGAUAACAUUUUGAUUCAUGUUACUUAAUUGUAUGUGCACAAGUUAAAAAAAACAAGAAUAAAUGACAGAUUUUUUGUUGAUUGCUGAGCUGAAUUGCUACUGUCAGAUUCAUAAAUCUUUUUAUUCUGAAUUUUGAAUAAGCAGAAAGGGGUUGCAUGUGUCAACUGAUUGGACUAUACCUCAAAACAAGUUAUCAAGUUUGAUUUAUUCUGGUGGCUGACAGUAAUUCAGAUAAGUGUUCAGUAAGGUGGUUGCUUUGAUACUGUUUGAGAAUUGGUACUAUUUUUAGAAGAAUGGGUACUAUUUUUAGAAGAAUUGAUAAUGUAUUUAGAAAAAUUGGUACAAUUUUGAGAAGUUCUAGCCGAGACUGAAUGCUGUGAAACAAAUAUUAUAUCUUCUAUGGUCGUGAUUGGGAGGUUUUAUUAUAUAUCUUGUUUGUCCUUGGAACUUAACAUAGUUAUU